UUUUUUUCCUCGAUGUGUUGCAGCUCAAACGUUUCUCUUUAAUGUAGAUCUGUACGGAAAGCACUGAAGAUUAAUCUGCUCUAGGAAAACAUCCCUUCUUCCUUUCUCUCUAUCUAUAUCUCUAUCUAUUCUUCUCUCUUUGCUGCUUGUGUGAAAGACGGGUUGCAUGCCAAAGCUGCUUUACUUCAGAAAGUUGUGGAGGCGUGUGUGUAAAGAAGACCCAACAUAGACUGGAUCACCCUUUUGUAUCUUUUUUCUUUCUGGCAAGAAUUGUUCAUCAAUGUUUCCUGAUUGGCUGACGGAUAACCAGAUGGAAACGACACAACCUGCUGGUCUUGGAGUUCCAAAAACAGGCUCGCGCUCAUCCACGUCGCUUCCCCCAGAGCCCAUCGAGAUCAUCCGCACCAAAGCCCACACCAGAAGAGUGCGGAUCAAUGUGGGAGGCCUGAACCAUGAGGUGCUGUGGCGGACUCUGGACCGGCUCCCGCGCACGCGUCUGGGGAAGCUGCGUGACUGCAACACGCACGAGUCGCUCAUGGAAGUGUGUGAUGAUUACAGCCUGAAUGAGAACGAGUACUUCUUUGACCGGCACCCGGGUGCAUUCACGAGCAUCCUGAACUUCUAUCGCACUGGGAAGCUGCACAUGAUGGAGGAGAUGUGUGCUCUCUCGUUUGGACAGGAGCUCGAUUACUGGGGUAUUGAUGAGAUUUAUCUGGAGUCAUGCUGCCAGGCGCGCUAUCACCAGAAGAAGGAGCAGAUGAACGAGGAGCUGCGGAGGGAAGCGGAGACAAUGCGUGAGAGGGAUGGAGAGGGGGAGUUUGACCAUUCCUGCUGUCCUGAUAAGAGGAAGAAACUGUGGGAUCUUCUGGAAAAGCCCAACUCCUCAGUCGCUGCUAAGAUCUUGGCUAUCAUCUCUAUCCUCUUUAUCAUCCUCUCCACCAUCGCCUUGUCUCUGAACACGCUACCUGAGCUCCAGGAGACAGAUGAGUUUGGUCAGGCAAACGAUAACCCCCAGCUGGCACACAUCGAGGCCGUAUGCAUCGCCUGGUUCACCAUGGAGUACCUGCUGCGCUUCCUGUCUUCACCCAACAAGUGGAAAUUCUUCAAAGGACCUCUAAAUGUAAUUGACUUGUUAGCCAUCUUACCUUAUUAUGUCACUAUAUUUCUGACCGAGUCAAACAAGAGCGUGUUGCAGUUCCAGAAUGUGCGGCGUGUAGUGCAGAUUUUCCGCAUCAUGAGAAUCUUGAGGAUCCUUAAGCUGGCAAGACACUCUACCGGACUCCAGUCACUUGGCUUUACGCUCAGGCGGAGCUAUAACGAGCUCGGCCUGCUCAUACUGUUCUUAGCAAUGGGAAUUAUGAUAUUCUCAAGCUUGGUGUUUUUUGCUGAGAAAGAUGAAGAUGCAACAAAAUUCACAAGUAUACCAGCUUCAUUUUGGUGGGCCACUAUCACCAUGACGACUGUUGGAUAUGGAGAUAUCUAUCCACAGACGCUUCUUGGUAAAAUAGUCGGUGGGCUUUGCUGCAUCGCAGGCGUAUUGGUGAUUGCUUUACCCAUUCCCAUCAUCGUCAACAACUUCUCGGAGUUCUACAAGGAGCAAAAGCGUCAGGAGAAAGCCAUCAAGAGGCGAGAGGCCUUAGAGAGAGCAAAGAGGAACGGCAGCAUCGUCUCGAUGAACCUGAAAGACGCCUUUGCCAGGAGCAUGGAGUUAAUGGACGUUGUGGUAGAGAAGAGUGAAGACAAACCUUCCUUUGAUAAUCACCUGUCUCCAAGUAGGUGGGGAAUUCCAAAGCGUGCUUCCUCAGAUGCCAGUUUAAGACCAUUUGAUAGAAAGAGUGGAUCACAGGAGUGUUUUAAAAGCUCAAGUCCACAGCAUCUUAAUGUUCAGAGACUAGAAGAAAUGUACAAUCAGAUGAGCAAGGCACGAUCUUUAUCAGAUCUUGACAAAAAUCAGAAUGCUGCCGGGCCAAACCGGCAAGCACAGAAUGCCAAAUCUGAUCCACAAAGGUAUAGACCUGCUUCAGAUGUACCAAACAUGGCGAGCAUUGACAGCUUUGCAAGCUGCACUGCUGAGCUCAUAGAAGGUAACAAGUUGGUCCCUUCUUUUAACACAACAGCUCAACUUGAGCAAAGUCAGACUGAAGUGCCUCCACUUUGGGACAAGAAAUCACCAUCAGAUGUGUCCCAAGUCAGUCCAGAAGAGGCUGAACAGUUUGAAUACAGGUCUGAAAACCAAGUUAGUCAGGUAGCAUCUGAAGAAGAUGAUGAGUGCUUUGUGGAGAACACUACAAAUUUGGUGGAAAGUGGUCAUCCAGUUGAGACAUCAUUGGACAUGUUCCAAAUUAGUCCUGAAGAGAUAAGCCAAUUUGAUUACCCGCCUCAUGGUCAUGUAACAUAUAAGGAAGAUGAAGAGUGUAUAGUGGACAACACCACGUAUUUAAUUCAGCGCACUAACCCAGACAUGACAGUAAAUUUUCUAGAAAGUCAAGAUGAUGCUCCUCUGACACCUCCAAGCACUUCCUCUGCUCAGGAACUCAGCAUCAGUCUUCUGGAAGACGACGACUCACCGGAGCAAGAGUUCUCUCCACUUUUUUCUGAAUCAGUAAUGCUAACUAGAAUCCCAGAACAAGGACUAAUCCUUUCUCCAAAGCUUCCAGUUGGUGAUUUCCAUCCAAAUGAGACUUUAUCGCUCCUCAAGGAACAUGAGCGAGCAUCCAUGGAGGAGGACAUUGCUGGCAGUUCGGUUCCUUCACCCAAAUUUACUGCACAAAACUGCACUCAGGACGGAGUAGGUGACAAUGCAGAGGGAAAAAACGAAAGCAACCAAAGUGGACACAAAGUAGAGAAUCACAUGUUUACGCCAGAGAUUCAUCUCAUGCCGGGAGACGGGGAUAUUUCGCAAACUAGCAUGUGAAACACUGGAAGAUGAAAAAAAGAGGCAUGGAGGUGUAGCAAAAGAUAUUUUUGCAUGGCAUGAAAAUGAAAAGGUCAUUAUAUUUAUGGCAUUGUCUGCAGGAAAUAUUAAAACAGUCUUCUUGGAAAAAGAACGUAUUUAUCGGGAAAAAAAAUCACAAUCCUGCUGAUUCAUACAAACUCGAGGACGAACAAGAAAGUGGAGAGGGGCAGAAAAAGCAUGCAUUUCAAAAACUUAUGUUUACGGUGCUUAGUUUGCUGAAAGCGCUUCACUGUAAAUACACUGAAGACUGAACGAUGCACAUAGCCACAGAGGACACAAGAAAUUCAAAUCCAACUUAUUUAUUUAAAUAUCGUGCUUCAAAGACUGAAAAGUUGCAAAACAGCAACGUACUGAAACAUAUCAUUACACAGUAAUGCAAUGUGUACCAUGACAGAGCUGUUUUUUUUUUUUUUUAAGCGUAUAGUCUGUGAUAUCUACAACAUUUUGACUGGUAAUUUGCAAGUUGAGUUAAUUUCAGAUUUAAUGACCAGAAAUUAACUGUCACGCUGGUUCAUAGAUAUUUGUAUGAGCAGAUUUUCUUACUUAGCUAGCUAGCUAGUUUUUGGAUGUUAAUCAAUGUUAUGCUAGCACACUAGGCAGCUAGCAUAACUCAGGUUUUGAAUGUGUAUAAUGAUAAUGUUUGUCAGACAUUUUGUUUAGCAAGAAACACUAAACAUCAACAUGCUAAAGUGGCAGUGUAACUCGACGUCUGUACAUCUCACCUCCUUCUCAUUUUCCAUUCACUUAUCCUAGCUAGCUUUCUAGGUUGAGCAUUUCUAGAUAUAGCAACUAGCAUAAUACUGAGCAGCUAAUAGAAAUUCCGAGGUACAAAGAUGGCUACCUUUAAUCGGUUUUAACAACUGAUCUUUUAUAUCGUGACAAGAGGUCUGAAUCUAAUCUCAAUCACUGUAUACUUUAUUGGGAACACCACACCAGUACACCUGUACAUUCAUAUAGUUAUCUAAUGCGCCAAUCAUAUGGUGGCAGGAGCACAAUCUGUUGUAGCCCAUCAAACGUGUUAUGUGUUUUGAGAAGCUUUUCUGCUCACCACAGUUAUAAAGAGUGAUAUUUUGAUUUUACCAGUCUUGAUUUACCUCUGACCUCUCGAAUCAACAUGCCGUUCCACCCUCAGUCCCUUUCAACCAAUGGGUUCUUGAACCGGUUCUGCUCAGGAUUCUUUGAACCUUGGUGCCAGGUAGUGAACCGGCCCACGUUUUCACCAGUUUUGAGUGGAACCAUUGUAAUCAAGGAUGCAUUAUGAACAGAGGGUGUUGCACAAUUCACAACAGGAGUAAACAGUAGAAGCAAGACGGCGAUGUUCAUUGAUUACCUCCAAGCUUUUGUUCUGUUAUUGCAGAUAUUUGUUUUCGGUCCAUUUUUUUUUUCUGAAGAUGUUUCCUUUUCUGUUGCAUUCUCCGUUACUGCUCUCUGCUUCCUCUUCAAACUAAUGACACACCCAUUGAUGUCAUGGUUUGCGGUGGAAAAACCAGCUAUAUUUUGCGUCUAGCUGGGAAUCAACUUUUCAGGUUGUGAACCAAUUUAUUUUCGGUCAAAAUGCUCUGAACGGUUCAAAAUUUGGUGCGUGAAUCAGAACGGAACCCGUUCCCUGUUGGUCGAAAAGGGGUAUUGGAGCUACUUCUCAGUGAAUGUUUUUUUGUUUUUCACAUCACUCGACGUAAAUUGUAGAGA